AUGGAGGCCGGGGGCAGCCAGAAUUCAGAGACGGGCAAUGGUGGCGCAGUCAAGCCCCUACAACCAAAAGUGCGCCGGAGCUCUGUCUCGUCACUAAGCGGGACGGAGAUUGAGCAGCGAAUGACAGAAAAGGGAGCUGUGGAACUGGACCUGUUGAGACCUGAAAGCAGUGCUUGGCUGAAGGGGAUCUUCAAGCAGAUUCGCUCCGGUGACCUUGAGACACGCUUCUGUGCGUUGUGGAGAUUCAAGGAUGUUUUCAACAACAUGGCCGUGGCCAAGGGCUCCGGACAGAUCACUAGGUUUGCAGCGUACAUGCUAGAGCAGGGCAUUCUAGAAGAGGGAGUCUACUUCGCAAAGCCGGUCACAGCCGGCGAGUUUGCUGCUAGAGGGCUUGAAUCGGAAGUGCCUUCUGACCGGCAUGAGUACGACAAGAAGCCAGCUUUGGGCAUCCUGCUUCAGCUGUCCGUCUGGUCAAAGCAAGCCAGGUCUACGAUCUGUAGUAGGACAGUCUUCCUCCGGCGGGUCUUGAGAGACUGCAUGGCACGCAGCGAGUUUGCGCAGGAGAUGAUCGAGCGGGUAGUCGUGACCUCCAGAACGCUGCUCCAAGAUGAAACCUGCAACCUUGUUGUUUUGUUCGACGAACUUCUGGAUGUCAGCUUUAGGGCUCUCUUGAGAUAG